UUCGCCGAUUGGUGCUUGCUAGGUGUCCGUCAUUCUCUUCACCGCCUUCUCAUAAUGCAGCAUGGGCGAAAAUACCAGCAGGCGGAGAAGCAAAAUCUGAGGAGAGGACUUCUCCCUUUUCAAUCGUUUUGAGCGAUACAAAGUGAUGUUUCAACAAUGCCGAUUGUGGACAAACUCAAGGAGGCUCUGAAGCCCAGUCGAAAGGAGUCAGGCGAUGACGGCGAUCUGAACAAGCUGCUGGCCUGCUCGGCCAAGAAGGUCCUCUUGCAGAAGAUCGAGUUUGAGCCCGCCAGCAAGGGUUUCUCUUACCAGCUGGACAGCCUGAAGAACAAGUAUGUGAUCCUCAAUCCCAGGAAUGAGGGCGCCCCUGGGCAGAAGGCGUCCGAGCCCCCGCAAUUCAAGAGGCAAGUUUCAGAGAACACGAUCGGAGGCCAAGGCGAUGGCAUCGCUGCGCCGCAGAAGAUGCUCUUCCCUGCGAACAAGCUGACCCUCAAGUGGGAGCGGGUGUACAGGGUGGGGGCCGGCCUCCACAACCUCGGCAACACCUGCUUCCUCAACUCCACCGUGCAGUGUCUCACCUACACGCCGCCCCUCGCCAACUAUUUGCUCGCGAAGGAGCACAGCCGUGUCUGCCACCAGUCGGGCUUCUGUAUGAUUUGCGUCAUGCAGAACCACAUCAUCCAGACAUUUGCCAACACGGGCAACGCCAUCAAGCCCGUGUCCUUCAUCAGAGACCUGAAAAAAAUCGCCCGACAUUUCCGCUUCGGUAGCCAGGAGGAUGCGCACGAGUUCCUGCGGUACACCAUUGACGCCAUGCAGAAAGCCUGUCUCAACGGCUACCCAAAGCUUGACAGGCAGACACAGGCCACAACACUUGUGCACCAGAUCUUUGGAGGUUACCUCAGAUCACGAGUAAAAUGUUCCAUUUGCAAAAGUGUGUCAGACACAUAUGACCCUUACCUGGACAUUGCCGUGGAGAUACGGCAAGCUGUCAACAUCGUGCGAGCCUUGGAGCUUUUUGUUAAACCGGAUGUCUUGAGUGGAGAGAAUGCCUACAUGUGUGCCAAGUGCAAAAAGAAAGUGCCAGCGACAAAGCGUUUCACCGUCCAUCGAACAUCAAAUGUGCUGACGCUUUCCCUCAAGAGAUUUGCCAACUUCAGCGGAGGGAAAAUAACAAAGGAUGUUGGCUAUCCAGAGUUCCUAAACAUCCGCCCGUACAUGUCUCAGAGCUCUGGUGAUCCCGUCAUGUACGGCCUCUACGCCGUCCUGGUUCACUCUGGCUACAGCUGUCACGCUGGACACUACUACUGCUACGUCAAGGCAAGCAAUGGACAAUGGUACCAAAUGAAUGACUCCAUGGUGCACUCCAGUAACAUCAAAGUCGUUUUGAACCAGCAGGCUUAUGUGCUUUUCUACCUGAGGAUCCCCGAAACAAAGAAGAAUGCAGACGGACACACCGGCAAACAGGGAAUGUUGCAUUCUGGGAAGAACAGCGCUUCAUCCGAGCAAAUAAAGAGGGUUAAUCUGAACGGACCUCUUUCCUCCCCGCAGGUCACAAAGAAACUUGAGCCAGCACAGCUGCGUAAGAUCCAGUCCAUGGAUGGCGGAUUGGGCCUGCCGGUCGCCAGAAACGGCGCUAGUACUCCGCAGCAUCAGCUGCAGAACCGGCUCACCAGCUGGACGUCGUCGUCCAACGGCGCCACCAAGCUGCCCGGCGGGCCCACGGUUAUCGAGGAGCCCUUCAAGAAGCUGAAGAAGCCCUCUCCGCAGAGCCACUCGCGCUGCGGCACGCCAACGCCGUCCAACAGCAAUGGCGUCGGCAGGACGGAUGGAGACAAAAAGCAAGAUGGCGGCAGAGGCCUCACUGCGUCUACCUCAUUCAAGUCUCUGUCUGACUCCUCUUCUGCCGACACCACUGAAUCCAAGGACAUGGCGGGUCCUAAGAGUGCGCCGGCGGGAGGUGCGCCCUCCACCCCUCGCAAAGCAUCCAGCAGCACGUCUUCUCCCGCCAAGAGCGUGGAGCGCUCUCACAGCGCAGAGGAGCCGAAGACGGUGAAAAUGAAACCGCCGGCCCUCAACAACAUCACAUCGGAAGCCAGCGGCAGCACCAUGUCGCCGCCGCCCGCUAAGAAGUUGGCGCUGUCGGCCAAGAAGGCUCGCAGCCGGAGUCCGAGCAGCAUUGAUGAUGCUCCGCAACGACUGUCCGGCGACUCCCCUCAUCCAAAUCACCCUAACCACUUCGCUGUCACGCCUCACACUCACGGAGCUUCAUCCCAUUCCCCGAAAAACCACUCAUCUCCUUUGAAACGCUCCCAUCUCGUCACGCCGCACGCCAGCCCCUCUCUCAACGGCUUCCAAAGUCCUGCGCAAAAGAGCCCCAAGGCUUCCCACCAGCCCCAACAAGAACCAAACGACCCGGCGACUCAAAAUGUCAACCAAAAGAAGAGGAGGAGAAAGAAGCGGCGCCACUCUAAGGUAGAACUCAACACGGACGCUGUGGCAAAGGCGCCGUGUAGCCCCCCCGGCGAAAAGAAGAAAAAGAAGAAGCGAAAGAGGGAGCAAGAAGACUGUGAAAAGACCGCUGCGAGAGAAAGCGUCCCAUCCCAUCUGGAUCCAUCGAAGCCGGAAGAAGAGGACUGGUGCCAGGGCGGCAUGUGGAGUCUCUCCAGCUGUCAAGAAGCUGAGAAGCCCAAACAGAUGCGAGACUCCACCACGGUGGCGACGUGUCAGACCAACACAAAAAAACAUGAGAUGGACUGCGUGUUGUUAAAGAAGAAAAAGAAGAAGAAGAAGAAGAUGAUGAUGGAGGCUCCGCAGGACACAGAUUCACCACAUGUAGCUUUAGAAAGCCACGCUGAGCCGAGCAACGAAAUGGUCCUCGGCAAGAAGGUGAAAGUCAAAAAGAAAAAAAGGAGGCUGAAAGAAGAAGUGAGUCGGGAAGAAGAAGAGACUCGGCCUCGCUCGCAGGGGGAAAACGGCGACGCAGCGGGGCCGCCCCCCAAAAAGAGCAGUGAAAAGGCGCGCAAGCCGAGCGCUGUCUCGGUGGUGCUUUGGGACAGCCAGGUGAAGGACGGCUACAAGCGUUGUCAGGCGCCAGCGAGCACCGCGUCAGGUGAUAGCCCGGCCCGUGCCGCCGCUAGUGUGUCCUGGGACGGCAAAAAGAGCAGCGACGUGGUGGAGGAGCUCAUGCGGAACUCCAUGGACAAAGCCUACGGCGUGAGCGUCCUCGGUUGGGACGGCGAAGUUUCCGCUGUCAGUCGCGAUGCCGUCCAAGAUGUCCGCCUCGCCAUGUGCAAUACUGUGAUUGACGAGUGGGAUGAAGAAUUCGACAGCGGAAAAGUGAAAAAAGUAAAAAGCUUCAAGAGGGAAAGGUGGAGAGGCGGUAGCAGCAUUUUCCAGCAGAUCCAGGACCGCCGCAACAAGUGGUCUGUGAUGCCCGGCGGGAAGCGAGCCUUCGCCGGGCGUCGCUGACACCUUUUGACUGGAAAUAGACACAAAACCCGUUAAAAAACCCCCCAACAAAUUCCACUUUUGUUUGUUUUUGUUCUCAGUUCUGAAUGAGCCAAACGAUAGGACUGGUGGACCACCAUGUAUCAUUAACCUCAGAUGCCACUUUUUUUUUUUGGUCCCAUUUUGAACACCUCUGUGCCACUUGAUCUCCUACGAAAUGGAUUUAUGGAUAUUUUUGUCCUUUACAAAUUGUGUUCUAAUUUUCUACCUUUUUAUCAGCUGAUGUUUUAUGUUACUCUGUUGAAUGGCUUUUUUUCCUCUCUAAUUCAGGUCCACAAUUUAUGGAGCACCAGACAUGACUUGCUUGGACGGGAUUAAAUUGUGACCACAAUAAACUGCCCCACAUGUCAUGUCUAGUUCUCAACUACCGUAUUUUUAUCUCCUUUUUUGUUGUUGUUUUUUUUAACUCACAAUUUAAUAUCCAAUCUGAUAAAACCUACUGUUCCGAUUGUUAACAGUAUUUGCGCUGUGGGUUGUUUAUCAGGGGUGUUUAUCAACUCACGGUUCAACAUUGCGCUUGUUCUUCCCCACGUGUCAUUUGAAAUAAUUAUAUACCUCUAUGCAAUGUUUUUUUUAAUUUUUUUUUUUUUUCACCCCUUUCAGCCGGUUAUCUCCACAAACUGGACAGCGACGCGCGAAGACACCCUGUAUGUACUUGUACGCCAUCGCCAUGUGACCACAACCGUUUUAUAAACGUAUGACAUGUGGUGCGGGGGGGGAAAAUAGGACAUCAUCUUCCACCCAACCAUUAACUUAAGACAUGUACUGUACAAAUCCCACAAAAGUGACCGGCCACUCAUGUUUGGGUCCCAAAUCACAGUAUUGGAGGACCCCCACCCCGCACCCUCAUGACAUAAAACCCGUUUAAGUGUACAGUCCUCCCAUGCUGUAAAGUUUAGCCCCUUCUUUCCAUUCUAGAGAUUUUGCCUUAAAUUGGCAAUAUAAAUAUAUACAUAUGUUGUUUUUUUUAAAACGGUUAUAAAUAUAUUGAAAAGACAUCUUUAAUGAGUCAUUUGGUGGGUGUUUACCUGCUCGUGUGUUUUGUCGAGGCCACGUGGCACUCGAAAUGGAUGCUGUUUGAAUUAAAAGGAAAAAAAAGUUGCAA